UAAGUUAUUCUUUCCCCAGAUGCAGCAAUUAACGUUUGUGAUUCUAUGUGCCUGGCUGGACAUUGCCAGCGGCAUAACUUCUGCGGACAUUAUAGCCGCGCACAACUACCCGGUGGAGAUACACACUGUGCUCACCAGAGAUGGAUACUUGCUCAGUGCCUUUCGCAUUCCGACCUCGAUGUUUUGCAUGCGUUCAGGACCAAAGCCCGCUGUUCUCUUCCAGCACGGAAUGACUGCCUCGUCGGAUACUUUCCUGGUUAACGGACCACGGGACGCACUGGCCUUCAUGUUGGCCGAUGCCUGCUUCGACGUGUGGCUAAGCAACUCGCGGGGCACCCGCUAUUCCCGACGCCACGUCUCGCUGGACCCCAACGACCAAGCGUUCUGGCGCUUCAGCUGGCACGAGAUCGGAAUGGAGGACGUGGCCGCCAUGAUAGACUACAUCCUGGCCAGAACGGGCCAGAGAGCGCUGCACUACGUGGGCCAUUCGCAGGGCUGCACCACGCUGGUGGUGCUCCUCAGCAUGCGGCCGGAGUACAAUCAGCUGAUCAAGACCGCCAUCCUGCUGGCUCCGGCUGUCUUCAUGCGCCACACGUCCACGCUGGGACAGACCCUGCUCAGGAGCCUUAUCAUGGUGAUGCCCGACCGUGAGUUCAUGUUCCACGACAAGAUUCUAAACGGCAUCAUGGGGUCCAUGUGUAGCCGGUUCGCUGUGAGGGUGAUGUGCUCAGCCUUAUUUAUGCUCAGCAACGGAGAGGUUUCCGACCACCUGAACAGAAGUGUUAUUCCUUUGAUUAUGGCCACACACCCGGCGGGCAUCUCCUCGCGCCAGCCCAAGCACUUCAUUCAGCUCACGGACAGCGGAAUGUUCAGGAUGUUCGACUUCGGGACCCUGGCGAACUUGAAGAUCUAUAGGAGAGCAUCACCUCCCGACUACCCGCUGCACAACAUCCGUCCCCUGACCCCGGUGCACAUAUUCUACAGUGACCAGGACACCUCCACCAACAAGGAGGAUAUUCUGAAUUUUGCCUCCAAGUUGCCCAUGGCUGUGAUGCACCGCAUCAAGGGAACGGCCUGGCACCACAUGGACUUCCUGCUCGCUAUGAGCGUCGCUGAAGUGAUCAACAAACCGAUUAUCAGAAUUUUCGAGCAGUUCGAUCAACUUAACCCAUGAGCCCUUGUAAAUUCCCUUAUAAACAUUCGUGCAUUUCCUGGUGUUUAUCUGUCCAUUGACUUUGGGGAAAUAAAUUUUAAAUGCAAUAAAGAAAUGCUUUAAUCUGUAA